ACUGUCAUUGAAUGUGUGAAUUGAGCGCGAACUGAAUCAAAACACGAAUAAACAAGUAAGCGAUCAAAAAUUGUUCAGCCAUCGUUCAGCGUAUUGUUGUAUUCGUUGAAAAAUUGAAGAAAAUACGAAUAAAUUUCUAGUGAUAAGUGUUUAAUGGAUUGAACAGCAGAGCCAUGAAUUUUGAUAAUGGAAAUCCGAUGGCUGUAUCACAGUCGUUAACAAAAUGUUUCCAAAGUGUUUUCGAUACGCAGUCCAUAUCGAAGAAGGAGACGGUGAUCUCAAUGAUAGCAAAAAAUCUAACCUAUGACGAUCCGGGAAUGUUCAUCAAAUUACUGGUAUGCGAUGAACAAGAUCGAAUCAUCCAAGAUGCCACUGUCAUUUGGCUAAUUAAUCAAUUGAUUUGGAUGUCAAACGAGCCACAAUUCUAUCGUUUAAUAGAGACGUCGACCAACCUACAGAAAAGUAUUUUGUCGGCGAGUUUUCUGAAGCAACCGGCAUUGUGUCGCCAACUGUUGAACAAAUACAUCGAAUUCACGAAUUUAUUGUCAAAUGGACCGGUGCAGCCAUCGAAACCGCUCGUCGCAACCAUGUUCGAGGUGGAGGAUUUUGAUAUGGCUACCAUUGAUCCAAACUGUACAUUCAAACCGAUUCGCAUAACAAACAUUCAAUCACAAAAUCACAUUUUAAUGGCUAACGUCAAACUGCUGCGGAAUACAGCCAUCGAAAUGGCCAACUCGGAUACAGAAACAACAACACAGUGCACCCGUUGUAUUUUGAAUGUGUUCACCAAUGCCACCAUGCAAAUCAAGUCGGUGUGCUUACGGUAUUUCUCCGAGCUAUUCAAAUGUAUUUUAUGUUUGGAUAAGACACUACAACCGAUGAUUGUGUGGAUAUUGGAAUGCGUAGAGGAGAUUGAAACCCGUAUCGCCGCCUGGAUUCACCACAAAUUAGUCAAACCCGAUGCGGUUGAUGCGUUCGUUGAUGCUGUGAAUAAUGUCUUAGAAAAUCAGUACAUUAGCAAGUUGUUUGAGGCGAAAUACUUGCGGCAGGCGAUAAACACGUGCUUGAAAAUCCUGCAAACACAUCAUAACUUAAGAGUACAACAUUACGAUAAGAUCAUACCGUCCGUAUACUCAUUGGUUAAGACAAUAUCAUGCGAAGUUGGCGACGAACUUACGCACACAAACACGUAUCAAUUUGUCAAAGCGACGCUGCCCAAUGACAUUGACUUUCAGAAAAACUUUGAAUUGCUCGGUCCCGUUGUAUUGGAGCAAAUGAAAAGUGGCCACAUUCAAUCGUGGUGUUUGGCCGAUGAUAAAAUCUCCGAUAUUCUCAAUCAUCAACCUCCAGCCACCGAAGUCAUUAUCAAUCAUCUGAAAUGCCUUUGCACCAUAUUCAAAACGGUUCGUUUCAUGGAACACAACUUGAUGAUUCAUCUGCAGCGCGAGAUGUGCAGCAAAAGUAUGGCGACGGAAGACGAACCAAAUCUCACCGCAGAUUUGCGCAAAGCAUUCACGGCACACAUGGAAAAAUUCGCAAGACGAUUACUGCCACAAUUGAAUACUCUCUCCAAGUACGUGAUACAAAGUUUUUCAACAUUGUUGAAGAACAGAUACAAUCCAUUGGUUGAUACAACGACAUUGCUUCUGUUCACCGACAUUUCCAUUGGCAUUUUGAGUGUGUACGAUGCAUCGGAAAUUGACGACUAUUUAGAAUCACAAUUGAUGGUCAUUGCAUUGUGCCCGUUCAUUCGGUGCUCGGAAUUGCUGUACAAUCAUCUUCAGCAAUCAUUCGAAGCGGAAACCACACGAUUGAAUAAAAUAAUGGAAUCACCGUUCGUUCGCAGCAAUGAAGUUACGUCGUGGCAAGAGCACGUCCUUCAAAUGAUUGCUGGCAUCAAUAUGAAGCACAUUUCCACCAAGAAUAAGGAUGUUUUUAUGGAUUUCUUGGGGCAGAUUUGCAGCAAUCUCACACAACCGGAAUGCUUGGACCAGAUUAUGAACGUGUUGAUUAGUUGUGUCAUUCAAGUGAACACCUACAGUAUUUCCGAUUUGGAGAAAUUCAUCAAGAGCAUGGCAUCAAGAACCAGUAAUCAUUUGAUUAUCUCACGUCAUUUGUGUGGAUUUUAUUGCAUCUCAUCCGGAUUGACCUACAUUUUUCAAACCAACCAAGGCAACACAUAUCCGUACAAAAUCAUUUGCCCCAAAUGUGAUACACAUUUGCAAUUCGAUGGCAACAAAGCAAAGGUACUGUCACAGUUACUCGACCGAACCAACGGCAAAUUUGUACGCAAUUUGACAACUAAAUACACAAUCCAAGAUAAAUUCCAUCACAAUUACUUCAAGCUGUUUAAGUCGAACGAAAGCCAAAUUCGGAUAAACAUGUCAUUGUGUUUGCCAUCGAUACUGAAUCAUCUGGAUUUGGAACGCUAUUCAGACGCUGCCGAUUAUUGGCUCCAUCCAAUUAUUGAUGAUGAGAGCGAUAUCCGACACUGGGCUACCAAAUACAUGGUCAUAAUUCCAAAUUGUGGAAACGAACUUGUGCUGCGCAAAUGUGCUGAGCAUCUGUUGAAAAGCACGAAAAAAUUCCUGAUGAGCGAUCAAAAAGCGGACCAGUCAUGUGUACUGCAAAUGAUAUCAUCAUUUGCCGCAUCCAGCGAAAUCAGUGAAUCAAUGCUGUUGAACUGCUUUCGAAUGACACUGUAUUUCUGUAUGUCAUCCAAAUCGAUGGUGUCACGACAGGCAGCCUUACGUGCCACCGAAAUAUGCUAUAAAUUUGGAAUCAUUCCGAAAAAUCUACUCGUCUGGUAUAAAACGGACAUUUUUAAAUUGAUUGUGACAUUGUCCGUUUCCAAUUACAUCAGCUAUAACAUUGGACUACAGAAAUCACUGCAAACGGUGGGCCAAAUGUUCGGCUACUCAGAAGAUAAGCAGGACUUUAUCGUUGAGCACAGUGGUAUAAUCUUAGCAAUGCUUGUACCGUGGUCGAUGAAACAAGAAAGGUGUCUAAAUUUGAUUAUGGAAAUCUGUGAAAUCAUCCAAAAAGACAUGGCGUCCACGUUGAGCAACGCAUUCCUUCCGAUCUAUUUACAUUUGCAUCUGCACGAAAGCGAAGACAUCAAGAAAAAAGGCAUGGAUUUUCUACUGCAAAACGUCGACAACUCAUUGUAUGUUUUGCUCAAAUCGGAUAUCAAGCAAACACAUGCUGAGAUUCUGGUUUACUAUCACAAAAAUCCGGAUUUUGUUAUGAACACAUUCCGAUACUUGUUGAGCGAUGCACCCGAACUGGAAAAUUCCAAGCCGGAAUUUACGACCAAAAUAUUGGUUGAUUACUUAAAAACCCGAUUUCUCGGUGUCAUUUGUCACUUUGAGCAAAUUUUGAUCAAUGACAAUGAAAAAUCAUUGAAACGGGAAAUUUUGCUGAGCAUCGGUGAGAUUAUGCGAUUUAUGGGUUCUGAGAAUAUCACCCAAUUUCGAUUUAAGUUGUUGGCUGUGUUGCGCACCGCACUGGAUAUCAAACAGAUGGAUUUGAAGGAUGUUUGCGCCAAAGUGUGGAAAAUCUUCAUUUCAAUGGUUGAUUUAGUGGAAAUCGGACCGUUGCUCAGCACGAUAUUCGUGUCACUGGAGCCGCUAAUGGAAACACAUCGAGACGCUGUCAAUGAAAUUUUGCGAUUCUUGAUCAUUGACAAUGGAAAUUUGCUCAGCACACACAUUGCCGAACUGUUCUUUUUGCAACACACAAAAGUUUCGGAUGAAAUCAAAUCACACGUUGCAAAGUAUACCGACAAAUCACACACAUUCCUGUCCGAUUUCACUGCAUCGCUACGCUAUAUUAACCAUGACAAUUUGACGAUUCGCAUUUUUGGGCUGAAUCACUUGACGGACCUCUUUGAAAAUAAUCGCAGUGCAUUGAACAAUUUGAUAAUUGGCCAACAGAUAAUGCAUUCAAGCAUCGAAAAUCUGUUGGAUAUUUUGAUGCACUGUAUUAAAAGCCAUGACGAAGGACUACAAAUUGCGGCUGGUCGAUGCUUAGGUAAAUUGGCUGCCAUCGAACCGAGUCACAUGUUGCCAAACUAUAGGCCACAAGCAUCAUUUGCACGCAGCAUUAACACCGAUGAAUUUGCCAUCACCGCUCUCACUGAACUGUGUUCAGCAUAUCAAUCGCAAAAAGACACGAAAAACGUUGAUGCAUACUCGCUGGCGAUACAAGAGAUUCUUGUGGCCCGCAAAGUGUGCCCGAAGAAAAGUCAAAAUUUAAAAGUGUGGCAAGCGAUACCAGAUCGUAUGAAAUCAUUGGUUGAACCACUGUUGACGUCAUGCUACACAAUCACGCAUCAUCCGACCAAGGUAAGGAUUCAUCCGGUGUUUGGUAGUAUUCGAUGUUCCACAUACGAAGAAUGGGCAUACUCAUGGGCUUCAAAAACCAUUGAUGCGAUUACGGACGAUUCCAUUCGAAGUUUGUUGCGUUCAUUUAAACUGAGCAUGCGAUUUGAUAUGCGUAUACUGACCAUGGCUCUGCCGUACAUCAUCCUACAUGCGAUUCAACUGAGCGAUCCACAAGAUCGACAAGAAAUUGCCGAUGAAUUUUCAACCGUUGCAAAUUAUGUAUCGAACAAAAGCGACCAUCAUUUCAGCGAAGCAAGAAAAACGUACACAAACUAUAAAACCAUUCGAGAUCUUGACUUUUCGGCGUCAACCAACGACUCCGAUUCGAAUGCAAAGAACGAAACAAUCGAUGUGAUUGCCAUAAAAUGUGCAAAAUUGAUUUUCAAUCAACUGGACUUCCUUGAUCGAUGGGUUCGAACAUCACAAAAUGAUAAAUUCCACAAGGCGGUGAGUCAAUUUGUCAAUCAAUUUGAUAAGAAACUGUUGGCGAGUGCGAACUAUAAAUGCGGUGAAUAUGCACGAGCAUUGAUGUACCUGGAGUCAUACAUCGAAGCGAACCGGAGUCAACGUUUACAAACCGAAUUGUCAUUUCUGUUUCAAAUUUACGCCGAACUAAUGGAUCCAGACUCAUUGGAGGGUGCGCUCAAUUUGAAAGACACGGAACCAACGUUAACUGAGCAAAUUCUACGGAAUAAUGUACAAGGCCGAUUGCAGGAGUCGACCGUUUGCUAUGAACGAAUGAUGCACAUGGAUGGAUUGAUCGAAAGCAAUGCAAAAGACAUGAUCGAAUGCUAUCUUGGGCUUGAUCAACCGGAAACAGCAAUUUUACUGGCCGAAGGUUUGAUGAAAGAACUUUACGAUCAAAAUUACGAGGUCAUUUUGCAGAGCAGCGCUGAACCAUUGUGGCGCUUAAGUCGAUUUGAAGCACUUGAAGAACUCAUUGAAACGUCCAAUUUAAAAGAGAGUUCCGAAUGGGGCAUUCGAUGUGGUCAGAUUUUAUUGGAUUUUCGCAAAAAUGACAAUCAACUCUUUGAAUCAGAAAUCGAUAAAUCCCGUUUGGCUGUGCUCAAGGAUUUACGUAUCGUUGGUGACGAACAAAAUUGCUAUCACAAAGGUUAUUCGGAUGUCAUGAAAUUGCACUUGAUUUCGGAAAUUGAACAGGCAUACUGUUUGACAUCGAAAAUACUAAACGGAGAAUUGGAUUCAACGCAAAUAACCAGCGCAUUAAAGAAGUUGUUCGGAGAUUGGGAUGGGCGACUGCAGCUGUUGCAGCCAGCAGCCAGAAUCGUUGAACCGGUACUCUGUUUGCGUCGAAUCGUUUUGAACGAGGUGAAAUCGUUGGCCAGUGGUCGUGGCAUGAAUGAGAAUAUCUUCAAAUCGUUGGAGAGCCAAAUCAAUGACUACGUGGGUACGUCGUGGAUAAAAAGCAUCGAACUGGCACGAGAAGAUGGAUGCAUUCAGCAAGCCGAUCUCUACAUUCUCAACGCUGAAUCAUUCAAACCGAAAUUUUUGUUCAUCCAAAAGGCGAAACUACUGUGGAAGAAGGGCGAUCAAACGAAUUGUUUCAAAGUGUUGGAGCGUGGCAUCGAAGAGCUGAAACCGAGCAAAGGCAAUCGAAAGAGCAUCGAUAGUCUUGCACAUGCCGAAGCAAAGUUCCUUAUCGCAUACUAUAAUGCUGAAUCAUUGAACAUCAGCAAUAAUUUGAAUGUACACUGCUUCAAACAAGCCAUUGCGAGUGAUUCGGUUAGUGAAAAAGCGUACGUUCAUUACGCUCAAUAUCUCGACAAGACGCUCGCUGUUAUGCCGGAAAAAACUUCGGUCGACCCAUACAAUCCGAAAGCUUACGACAUUCAAAUGGAGAUAUUUUUAUUGUAUUUCAAGUCGAUGUUAUUAGGUUCGAAGUAUAUUUAUCAGUCGAUGCCGCGGGCACUCAGUAUCUGGUUGGAUUUUACGGCAGUCAGUGACUUUAAAAACAAGAAACAAGAGGAACACUUCAAAAAAGUCACACUGAACAUGAAUCAAAUUGCCGAAAAAUACACCGAAAAAUUGCCAGCGUUUGUCUUCUUUACGGCCUUUUCACAACUGGUCAGCCGCAUUUGCCAUCCAUCGAACGAUGUGUACAAUGUGCUCAAAACGAUUUUGGUGAAAUUGAUAUUGUCAUUUCCGCAACAGUCACUCUGGAUGAUAUUGAGUGUGUACAAAAGUUCGUAUGCGAGCCGAGUGCGUCGAUGCACCGAAGUAUUAACCGAUAAACGUCUUCAUUCGAAGGAAAUGCAAAAAUUGAUUCAGGAUUUCAAUGCAUUGGCAGAAAAAAUGAUCGAAUUAACCAACAAGGAUUUGCCAUCGAAACAAUCGAAAUUCUCGGUUAAACAAAUUUAUCCGCAGCUACCGGCACUGCUAUCAAAGCCCGGAUUUUCGCAGAUUUUACUUCCGAUUCAAAAGUACAUGCAACCAGUUUUACCGCCACUUCAUCAACGCGACGAACCGGCCAAUUCGUUUAAUGCCUUCCCAAAUCGUGCUGUUUAUAUUGUGGGCAUGAAAGAUGAACUGACGGUUCUACCUUCAUUGCAACGACCGCGCAGAGUCACAUUGUGCGGCAGCGAUGGCAAAAACUAUACGAUUAUGAUGAAACCAAAAGAUGAUCUGCGCAAAGAUUUCCGUUUGAUGGAGUUCAAUUCGGUUGUCAAGCAGUAUUUGCAUCAAAAUUCCGAGGCUCGACAAAGACGAUUGAACAUUCGCACAUACGCUGUGAUACCGUUGAACGAAGAGUGCGGCAUUCUUGAGUGGGUACCAGAUCUGCAAGCCUACAGACACAUCGUCAAUGGAUAUUACAAACAAAAGGGUAUUGGUGCGACAACGGCUGAGAUUAAAGAAGGUCAAAAGUAUUCACAUGCUUCGAUUGAGCAGAAACGUGACUGGUUCAAGAAAAUUGUCAACAAGAAUACGCCAAUCUUCUCGGAUUGGUUCCGUGAGCGAUUUACAACGCCACACAAUUGGUAUGAGGCGCGCAAUUCAUAUGUGCGUACAACGGCUGUGAUGUCAAUUGUCGGAUACAUUCUUGGUUUGGGCGAUCGACACGGUGAAAAUAUCUUAUUCGACUCGAAUUGUGGUGACAUUGUUCAUGUGGAUUUCAAUUGUUUGUUCAACAAGGGCGAAUUGUUUGAAGUACCUGAGGUUGUGCCGUUCAGAUUAACACACAAUAUGGUACACGCAAUGGGUCCGCUGGGUGUUGAAGGAUCAUACCGGCGAUGCUGUGAAAUCACAAUGAAAGUGUUGCAAGAUCAAAUGCCAACGUUGAUGUCAAUCUUACGACCGUUUGUGUACGAUCCGCUGGUCAGUUGGAGUCGUCAAUCGAAAUCGGAUGGCCGAAGUGAACGAACCGAUUCGCAAGCGAUGACAAAUGUCCAGCACAUCGAACAACGUUUGAAAGGAUAUGUUAAAAUCAACGGAGCCAAUUCGAAUAUGCCACUGUCCACGGAAGGUGUUGUAAAUCACUGUAUAACAGAGGCUACAGACAUCGAUAAAUUGGCGAGUAUGUAUGUUGGAUGGGGCGCCUACCUCUAAACUACGCAAUAAACAUAAAACAACAACAGCAACAAAACCGAAUUUGUAAACGUAGCAAUCAAUUCCAUUCUGUUUUUGAAAUGAUUGUAAGAGAACUUAAUUGGCAAAUACACAAGAGUCAUUUGUUUACACA